AUGACUAAAAUGGAUAUUGUUCAGCGCUCUAUUACCCUAAACAGACGUACAAAGGGCUUUUACAUAGUCACGAGUGAACUCACCAGCAAGUUGCCCGAGAUCAAGAAUUUCUCUAUGGGAACUUUAAACUUGUUUAUUCAACAUACAUCCGCUGCCCUUACUAUCAAUGAAAAUUGGGACUCAGAUACUCGUGAUGAUUUGAGAGACAUCAUGGACAAGGUUGUUCCUGAAUCCUCUAGCUACCGUCACAAUGCUGAGGGUUUAGAUGACAUGCCUGCCCAUGCCAAGUCUAGUUUGAUCGGACCUAGCCUUACCAUCCCUAUCUCAAAUGGACAGCUAAACUUGGGCACUUGGCAAGAUGUCCAACUUGCGGAAUUUCGCAGAUCUCCUCACUCUCGUACAAUCGUUUGUACGGUUCAAGGCUUAAGAUCAUAA